AUGGGGUUUCAAUUUGCUUUUCUGUGUGACCUUCUAUCGGCUCUGGAAGAUGACCAUUUUUCCAAGGUAUUGCCAACCAAACGGGAUACUUCUGCCAUCCAGAUAAUCAACCGAUGGUGUGCCCAGCAUGACUCUUGCAUCAAUGACAUAGAAACGGAUAGGCUUGCUCUUCUAUCGUGUAUGUUCCCAGAUCAACGACCGGACCGUGUAUAUUGGUUGCAAGCAACCUCGUUGGCCCGAGUCAUUGGCCGUUGCUUAAGGCUUGGGUCCUCCCGGCUGACAGAACUGGGUCAAUGGAAGAAGCCCGGCGGCCCAGACCUGGGCAAAUGUGUCGAGAAUGUAAUGUCACAAGCUGAGAACUACGUUCCCCCUGGUCGAGGUGUCACGGUAGAAGAAAUAGACACGGCUUUGAACAUGAUCGCUUCGCGAUGUCGUUUCUCAGGGCCGGAUGUCCGUCGGCAGCAUACAGCAGUCAAUGUGGACAAGACCUUGUCGCCCCUGUAUCGCCGACUGAGUAGUCGAGAUGCAAAGUGGCUAACUCGCUUGAUAUUAAGAGGCUAUCCUCUGACAUUGCCGUUGAAGUAUACCCUGGGAAGAAUUCACUUUUUGCUGCCACCCUUGCUCCAGUUCCAGAACACAUUUGAAGGCGCCCUGGAGAUGUUGUCUUCUGAGCCUAUGAACAGAUUUCCACCGAACCCAGACGGCCGAACAGCUGCCCGGCUAUCUGAAGUUGCGUGCGAGAAUCUAUAUCCCCGGACUGGGAUCAAAGUUGGGCGGCCGGACUAUUUCAAGGCUCGAAGUAUCAAACAUUGUCUGCAGCUGGUCGAAGGUCGUCGGAUGAGUGUUGAACGAAAGUACGAUGGGGAAUAUUGUCAAAUCCACAUUGAUCUUACCCAAUCCCAUCCCAUCCAAGUCUUUUCCAAAAGUGGCAAAGACUCAACAGCAGAUCGAGCCGGCAUCGCUCCAAUUCUAGAAGAAACUCUUCAUCUCAAUCACACCGAGCGCAAGUUUACUCGGAAAUGUAUCCUCGAAGCAGAGCUUGUUGUCUGGAGCGACAAACGAGGUGGCAUUGCAGGCUUCCACAAGCUUCGGAAGUUUAUCUGUCGCUCCGGGACACUCAUAGGCGUGGACAAUGAUUCUCCGCCUCAACCGUACGAACAUCUGAUGCUAGUUUUCUUCGACGUGCUCCUUCUUGAUGACGACGUCUGUCUCCGAAAGCCCCACCGUGAAAGGCGUCUCUUGCUGCAGCGCUUAAUAGACCCUGUCGCCGGCCGAGCUGCUCUUGCAGAGCAAGAGGUUAUGAGGUUCGAUCGAGUUGAUCGGUAUGAAAGGCUGGAUCUUGCGUUUUCCAGGGCUAUCGCUCAGCGAUGGGAGGGGCUGGUCCUGAAAGCCUGUGAUGAGCCUUACUUUCCCAUUCAUUCCUCCGGUAUAGAAAGAAAGUUUGGUGGAUGGAUUAAACUUAAGAAAGACUAUAUCCCUGGUCUGGGCGAUACAGUCGAUCUUAAUAUCAUCGGUGCAUAUUACGAUUCGCGACAUGCUCAUCUUGUUUCACCUCAGAAACCAUUGAAAUGGACACAUUUUCUGGUGGGGUGUCUUCUGAACAAGAAGGAAGUAAUGCAUUCUGGUGACAGACCUCGCUUUCGAGUUAUUGACGUACUCAAUCAUCACUCCAUGCACCGAAAUUUCAUGCAGCUCUUGAAUCAGCAUGGUGAAUUUCAAGCACAAGACCCGGGGGAUUUUGUUCAAUUCGCCAUUGAAUACGGGCAUGCCAACACUCCUGCGGCAUCCGUGAUCUUCAAAAAGACCUUCCCGGUCGAACUCAUGGGUGCAGGAUUCGAGAAACCGUCCGGUGCCCGAUAUUACACUCUUCGGUUCCCUCGGAUCCUCAAGAUCCAUACAGAUCGGAGUUUUGAAGAUUCAGCAUCUUUUCAGGAACUGCAGAAUCUAGCCGACGAGGCCCGAUCUGUCCCCAAGCAGGAUCAACUCGAAGAACAAGAGCAUUGGCGCAACCGAUUGAGGGUUGGUAGUGGCUAUGACCUGUACAUCAGAUCAGAGACACCACCUCGCGGUUCAAGCUCAGAGUCGGGUGGAAGCCCAAGCUCGAAAGACUCAAACGCAACAGCCAGUUAUGAGGAGAGUGACGACUGCUUGGAUUCGAUCCCCACCGGCCACGAAGUUCAUCAAGAGCCCAGAAACAUCCACAAUGACCGGAAGCGGAAAAUGCCCCCUACUAUAUACAUCGAUGACCCGGGUCUUCCUGCGAGUUCCGGAGGCAUUUCAAAUCGCAGCACUGCUUUGACGGAAAUUGGAAACCUCUCUCAGUCAAAUAAGCAGCCAAGAAGAGAGGUUCUGAAUGGGGCAUCCACAAAACCUGUCCAAUUGACCAAUAGUUCCCCGCAUAAUCCAGACGAUGUUGCAACUUCAAAAGAACCCUCAGCAUACAUCGAAAUGCUUGGAUGUGCCUCCGUCACUAACCUAGUCGCUCCAAUCCCCCCACUCGAGAAAGGACUCUUCAUCAAGUCCCCAUUAGUGGCAAUUCCCACGUACAGUCCAAGCUCCCAAACCUCCACUUUGGAAUUCCUUGAAUCCUUAGCUCCCAAGGAAUCAAUGCCUCUCGUUCAGCAAUUUCACCCACAAGCAGCCUCAACAGGGACGGCCUUCGGAAUCAUUCUCAUCAACCCAGCUGAAGUCUCACUGGGUCCAAAGAUCCACGAGAUAGCUAAAGCUGUUCACAAUCUUAUGAAGAAAAGUCAAUCUUGCUUACCCUGUCGAGGAGCUAUAUUCUUCUUGGAUCAAAUACUUUAUGAACAGAGGGCUUGCCCUGAGAGUUCUGACUUUUGCCUGCGCACAGAGUGGCCUCGUAUUGGACGCGAGCUUUACUAUGCGUGUGUUCGAUGGGACUUCUCAGGGCCACGAGGUGUCUUGCACUCUGAGCUGGACAGCCACCGCGGGAAACCUGGGAUAUCAGUGAGCUUUGAACCAAGUCACAUUUUGGAAUUGGCGGAUACAUGUCCUACAAUCCGUUAG